GUGAUUCCGAAGAUGGAAAUGGAAGAGGAAUCACAGUUUCUUGAAGAAUCUCCAGAAACAAAAUUCAUGAUGGUAUCUUCAAAAAAAAAAGUGAAAUACCAACGACUCCCAAAGAGCAUUAAAAAGAGUCUAGAAUCUAAGAUCCAUUGGACAAUAAUAGCUAUUCUCUAUGAAAUUACACAAGAUUAUAAUGAAACUGAAAAGCACCUGAAUAUCCUCAAGGAAAGGCUUCUGAAAUGUAUUGAAACUUUGGAAGUUCCUGUGGAUGAGCUAAAUUAUCUGAGCAAUGUACAAAAGGUUCUAAAAGAAGAAAAGGAAAAGUAUACUUUAAUGGAAGAAGGAUUGGAGCAUUUGGAGGAAGAAAUAAGCAAAGAUUUGUUAACAUUACAUACAGUGGAUGACAAAAUUCAAAUACUUCAGAAGAAAAUAAAAGCAUUAAAACAUGAGCUGACAACAUUAGAAGCAGAAGCAGAUGAGUUAUUUCAUAGAGAUGUUAAUCAUGACCUAGGUAUUCCUGAUCUUUCAGUGGAGUAUUUCAAACUACCUGCUCUUCAGAAUGAGGUUUUGAAGAUUGGAAAUCCACACGCUCUUCUUGAUGACAUGAAUAUCAUCAAGCAAUCAGAUGAGAUGAAAAAUAUGAUGGCAUUUCUAGAACAAUUAUAUGAAAUGGCAGACCAUCGAUGUACAGAAGAACAGUGAAGUAGCCUGUAUCUUUAGUUCCUUUGUUCUUCCAAGGAAAUCUUUGAAAGAAAUAAGUUUUCCUAACGUGAUUUGCAUUCUGUAAUUCUUCAGUGACAUGGAAAUUUUGGAUGUAAUUAAGAAAAUAUCAUCUACAAUUUUAUUGGGGUAAAGAUCGGCUUCUCAGUAACAAGCUAGUCCCAUUCUGACUAAUUACCAUUAAGAUUUGAUGCAAAACUCUUCAUGUUGAUCACAUGACAAAAGUUUUUAAAAGCCUUUUGACCAGUAUUCCACAUAAAGCUACUUACUACUAUAUAGUACCAAACAGAAAAUUCCCCCUGGUUUUGAAUUGUAGUUUCUUUUUGAAUAUGCUGGUGUAAUUUAGAUGCGAGCAGACCUGCUGCUUGAGAAACAUGUACAAAUGCAGAUAACAUUUAAUUGCUUCAUUGGCAAGCCAGUUUAAGCAUAAACAAGUUUUCACUGGAGACUCACGACUCAGUUAAACUCAGAGCUAAUGAGUAACAAGUUUCUAGCUCUAAAAAAAUCAAUGGGUAGGAGUUUAUUUUUCCCCCUGCCUCCUGGAACUAGAUAUUUGUCAUCUGCAAUUUUUUGUGGAUGUGGAUAAAGAAUAUAAGCCACUUACUUAGGCUAAUGCUCCAGGAUUCUUAAAUAUGGUUUCUUUCUUUCACUCUGCUCCUUUAGCUGCAAGGAGCAUUAUACAGCAGGUUGAGGUGUCUUUCUUCACUUGGAAUUGUAUCUGAGAGAAAGAAUGAGUGUCAAAACACUAACCUCGAUCAGCAUUAUUCCUGUUUGAGAACGUAUAAUACUUCAAUUUCUAGAUCUUAAAUGGAAAAAGCAGUUGCUUCUUCCAUUUUUGUCUUUAGACAUAGGUCUAUGGGGGAAAGGUAGCAUUAGUUUCAGGAAAGAUUAAUCAUUGCCAUUCUCUUAAAUUGUUGCUGAACAAGCUGCUCACUUGGCCACCAAAGGGGUAAGUAUUUGCUCCUUCCAGAUGGUGGGAGAAAAUCUUUAAAGUGGACUGUGCUUAUUGUCUUUGUUCUCCCUUUAGAUAUCAGGCAAUAUCAUUGGUUGCUUGAAGUAUCCUAGUUAAUACUAAACAUUAAGAUGUCCAAUCACUUCUAAUGAGAAUGUUGAUUUUAUUUCUAUAUUUAAAAAGACCAAUCUUGUAUAUAAUCAAGCAAUAGACCUGCUAUUGCCUGCUGUACUUUGAAGUAUAAUUGGUUCUUGUGGAUAUUGAAAUUAAUACUUAAAAGUAGGAGAAGCCUAAAAUUGAACUAUUUUAAUUAUAGGGUAUCAUUCUUCACUCAGAUUACAGUUGAAAGAAAAUAAUACCUGAUUCUCCUUGGAUUUAAGAACAAGUUUAAGGGAUAAUUCUUUCUCUCAGGGUUGUGUUCCUUUCUGUUAAUUUUCAAAGGAUAUUCACUUUUGGAAAAUAAGACAAAUUACUGUAGUUAUCACCUUGGCUAGAUGUCCUUUUUCAUUUUUUGAAAGAGUUGU